UCCCUUUCCCCACCCAUUUUUAAUAAAAUAUAUAUAUAGUCAUUGCGCUGGUUGCCGCCACCAUUCACCGUUUUGGUUUCUGACCCACCAUCCAUCUUCUCCUUAUGGGUCAGCAAACCCGCCGGGAGUCCUAUUCCGGCCCCUUGCCUUCCACUGCACAUCGAAAGGAUUACAAUUAUAAUUACUGUCAUCACCGUUGUCAUCAUUAUCAUCGUGACCCACGUUUCUUCGAGUUUGUCAGCAAGAACGAGACUAGUGACUUAGUCUUGCCUUUCGACAAACUCGAGAAGCUAAGUCAGGAUGACAUUAGGGAAUGUGCUUAUGAAAUUUUUUUCACUGCUUGCCGGUCUUCCCCAGGAUUUGGGAGCCGGCAAGCGCACUCGUUCUCGUCAUGGAAUAACGAUGCAAAGUCAAGCAAUGUGGUGAUGUCGCCGACAAGUAAGGUGAAGCGGGCUCUAGGGUUGAAGAUGUUGAAAAGGUCACCAUCAAGGAGAAUGGUGUCGGGUGGCAGCCGCGGGCCGUCAUCGCCAGUGGGCGGAAGCAGCCCUUUUCAUCAGACUGGGCCACCAUUGAGGCCACGGCGGCCGAUGACUUCUGCUGAGAUUAUGAGGCAGCAGAUGAGAGUGACUGAGCACGACGAUAACCGCCUAAGGAAAACCAUCAUGAGGACCCUCGUUGGCCAAGCAGGAAGAAGAGCAGAAACUAUCAUUCUCCCCUUAGAACUUCUGAGGAACCUAAAACCUUCAGAGUUCAAUGAUUCCAAUGAGUACCAUAUGUGGCAAAAGAGGCAGCUUAGAGUCCUUGAAGUAGGGCUCCUCACACACCCUUCAGUCCCUAUAGAAAAAGCCACCACCUUCGCCCUGCGCCUUAGGGACAUCAUACGUAGUGGUGAGUCCAAAAUCAUAGACACUGGCAAAAACUCUGACACCUUGAGAACCCUUUCCAAUUCAGUGGUUUCCUUGGCGUGGAGAAGUUCCAACGGUACCCCCACCGAUGUUUGCCACUGGGCUGAUGGAUUCCCUUUGAACAUUCACCUCUACACUUCACUUCUUCAAGCAAUUUUUGACAAUAGGGAUGACACAUUAGUCCUUGAUGAGGUUGAUGAGCUCCUUGAACUGAUGAAAAAGACAUGGUCCGUAUUGGGGAUCACUAGGCCUAUUCACAACGUGUGCUUCACUUGGGUGUUGUUUCAACAGUAUGUGGCAACCGGGCAGAUAGAACCUGAUCUUCUAUGUGCCACACAUACCAUGUUGAGUGAGGUGGCCAUUGAUGCUAAGAGGGAAAGGGAAUCAUUUUAUGUGAAGCUCUUGACAUCAGUGCUGAGUUCAAUUCAGGGUUGGGCUGAGAAGAGACUGAUUGAUUAUCAUGAGCAUUUCCAGAGAGGAAAUAUUGGCCAAAUUGAAAAUGUUCUUCCUGUGGUGUUGUCAGUCACAAAUAUUCUCGGUGAAGAUCUCGUAAUAUCUGACAGUGGGGAAGGGGGAGAGAAGGGAGAUAUAACCAUAGUGGACUCAUCUGGGGAUAGGGUUGACUAUUAUAUUCGAUCUACCAUAAAAAAUGCAUUUGAAAAGGCAAUUGAGGCAGUGAAAGCCAAGGCUGGUGAAUUGGAAAUAAAGGGAGAAUUCAGUGAAUUUCUGCUUCAUUUAGCUCAGGAGGUAGAAGAUUUGGCAAUGAAGGAAAGAGAGAAUUUUACUCCAAUGCUAAAGAGAUGGCAUCCAGCACCAGGUGCAGUUGCAGCAAUGAUGUUGCACAGCUGCUAUGGGCAUGCGCUGAGGCAAUAUUUAGGUGAUGUGACCUCACUGACUCAUGAGACAGUUGAGGUGUUGCAAAGGGCUGAAAAGGUAGAAAAGGUUUUGCUCCAAAUGGUGGUUGAGGAGGACUAUGGUGAGGGUGAGGAUAAUGCCAAAACAGUUAUGAGAGAGAUGGUUCCAUAUGAAGUUGAUUCAAUCAUAUUGAAUCUCAUGAGAAAAUGGAUAAAUGAGUCAUUGAGCAAUGGAAAAGAGUGUCUGCUAAGAGCAAAAGAAACUGAAACAUGGAAUCCAAAGUCCAAAUCAGAGCCAUAUGCACCAUCAGCCGCAGAGUUGGUGAAAUUGACCAAGACAACUGUAGAAGAAUUCUUUCAGAUUCCAGUAGGAAUAACUGAAGAUAUAGUUCAAGAACUUGCUGAUGGAUUGGAAAGUCUCUUCCAGGACUACAUGAUGUUUGUUGCAGCAUGUGGUACAAAGCAGAGCUAUAUUCCUUCACUUCCCCCUUUGACAAGAUGCAACCGUGGCUCAAAGUUGAUCAAGUUGUGGAAGAAAGCUAGCCCUUGUGGUGCUAAUAUCUCAGAGCUAGAUAACACAAAUGAAGGUCAUAAUCCUAGGCCAUCAACUAGCCGUGGCACCCAGCGCCUCUAUGUUCGUCUCAACACCUUACACUAUCUCCUCUCUCACAUCCACACCCUUGAGAAAUCACUCUCUCACACCCCUGGUGUAGUCCCUUCUUCAAACCGUAAACAUAGUGGUCCCUAUUUUGAAAUAGUCAAUUCCUCCAUCCCAGCAGCAUGUCAACAUGUCUCAGAAGUUGCAGCAUACCGUCUCAUAUUCCUUGACUCCAAUUCAGUCUUCUAUGACAGCCUCUAUGUUGGUGAUGUAGCCAACUCACGCAUUAGGCCAGCAUUGAGGAUCCUCAAGCAAAACAUCACACUGAUGACUACACUUGUGGCAGAUAGAGCUCAAGCACUUGCAAUGAAGGAAGUGAUGAAGGCAUCCUUUGAUGCAUUCCUCAUGGUUUUGCUUGCUGGUGGAAGCUCAAGGGUGUUUAACAGGUCUGAUCAUGUGAUGAUCCAAGAGGACUUUGAGAGCUUGAACCGGCUUUUCUGCACUUGUGGGGAGGGACUAAUAGCAGAAAAUUUGGUCCAGAGAGAGGCUGCAGUGGUAGAGGGUGUUAUUGCAUUGAUGGGGCAAUAUACUGAACAGUUGAUGGAAGAUUUCAGCAUUGCCACAUGUGAAACAAGUGGGAUUAGAGUCAUGGGUAAUGGGCAAAAGUUGCCUAUGCCACCUACCACGGGAAGGUGGAAUAGGUCAGAUCCAAACACAAUAUUGAGGGUGCUGUGCAGUAGAAAGGACAGAGCUGCAAAUCAUUUCUUGAAGAGGACAUUCCAGUUAGCAAAGAGAAGGUGAAGCCAAAAUGUCUUGUUGAAGUUUAAGCACAGAGAUACACUAUUGGCAAUGAUGCAUAUUGUUGCUCUACAAUUCUUGCCUUGUGACAAAGUGGGGGAGCAGGGUUGUAUAUUUGAAAGCACACAAAGUGGUUGCCAAAUGGAGAAAAUAUGGGCUGAAGAAAGCAAUGCUUAUGUUUUCAUCAUUAAGCAUUGAAAUGAAUUGUAUUUUAAAUACCCUAAGAUAUUCUUUAAUUGUUUUUUUUUUGGGAGAUAAAGAGAGAAGGAAAAAAUGGCAGUUUCUUAGCUUAGUUUGUUGAUGUUGCAUAUAUAAAGUAGGCCUACACACACUGCUCUGAGAAUUUCUGUUUGUAAUUAAUCAAUUAGCUGAAAGGGAAAUGUAUUUUCUUUUCUAAUUUUAGUGUCAACUAAAAGGGCUUGCAAGAAGGGCACUAAUCAAAAUGGAGUUCUAGAAGUUAAUA